AUGGAGGGCGCCGAUAAUUUCUUGCCGGAUGACAACGUACGAGAGUACAUUCGAAAGAGGAAGCGGAAGAACCAGUCAGUGUCGGUGACGCACUUACGGAAGGUCCUUAACAUUGGCUACAAGAAGGCCAAACGAAUCUACGAUGAGUUUGAAUCGGAUAAGCCGGCCAGCAAGCCUCGAUCAAAGUCCAAAGCGAAGGCAGAUAAGAACCGGGAGGAGGUGGAGGACAGCAGCGACGCAGUGCAGGAGGAAACGGAGUCAAGUGAAGAUGACGGCGCUGAGGGAGCAAGGCCGGUGACCUACCAGAACGUGGAAACCGACGAGGAAGAAGAAAAUGGCGAUCUCGAUUCAUUCACACUAUCCAACUGCCUUCUGAAAGCUGCUCACUUUGCGGCCACAAAGCAUCGAUUACAGAAACGAAAGGAUGACGACGGCACGCCCUAUAUCAACCAUCCUCUUGGCGUGGCCUGGUCGCUGUCGGAAGAGGGAGGAGUCAAAGACGUCGAGACCCUGCAGGCAGCUAUGCUCCAUGACACUGUGGAGGACACCGACACGACGUUUGAAGAACUGGAGCGGGAGUUUGGCAUCAAGGUGGCGGCCAUCGUGCGUGAGGUCACCGACGACAAGUCCCUCGCUAAGGACGCGCGCAAGAAACACCAGGUGAAGCACGCGCCUCACUUAUCCAAGCAGGCCAAGCUGGUGAAGUUGGCCGACAAGCUCUACAACCUGCGUGAUCUUCUCCGCGCCCCCGUGCCUGUUGUUCAGGGCAUUCGAGGCACGAACAUAGGGCUUGAGGAGAAGUUGGACGAAGUGUUUGCCUCCAAGUUCAAGAUCCGAGGCAAGACCUACGCCGCCCUGGUGCCCGAGAACCAACGAUCGUCCCUACUUGCCAAGUACUACGCCGACAUGGCCGUGGCCAAGGGCCAGUAG